GAGUGAGAGCGAGAGAGGACGAGGGAAAGGGAGAGAGAAAGAAGAAGAGGAAGAAAGAGAAGUCGAGAAAGUGAACAUGAACGAGUAGUGGUUGUGCAGGAAGAAGAGGAAAAGAGUAGAAAAGGCGGAAGUUGAAGGCGGAAGUUGAAAAAAAAAAAAAAAAAAACGAGAAGAAAAGGAGAAGAAGAAGAAAAAAAAAAGCAGAGGAAGAAAAGAUAGAAGAAGAUAAGACAUAAGGAGAAAAAGAAGAAGAAAUGGGAGUAUAAGAAAAGGCAAAAGAAUAAGAAAAAAACGAAAAAGAAGAAAAAAAGAGAGAAAAAAAAGGGGGGAACAGACCCCUUCCAAAGUACCCCUGAUGCUGACACCAUGUUCAUGACGGGGCUCGUCUCCAUCACUCAUCUCCUCUCCUCCAGCAUCCCGAAUCUCACCGGCUCCUCCCACGAUGCAGGAGGAGAGGAGAGCAAAGCAGGCCUGGGGAUGGACGCGUCGGGGAUGUCGCCCUCGGCCUCGCUCCCCCCCGGCACGCCGCCCGACGAGGAGCGGCCGGGCUCGGCGCUGAGCACGGCGUCCCGGGCCUCCCGCAUCCCCGUGCUCAGCCGCUCCGCCUCGCUCAGGAUCAAGGGCUCCUCCUCGCAGGCGGUCGAGGCUAGGCCCAGAGGCGACCCUCGUCCGGGGGCGCAACCCGCCAGGGGCAUCGUCAGGUCCGCCAGCUUCGUCAGCAGCCGCGGCAUGGGGUCGCUGACGUCCCCCCCUUCGGCCUCCACGCCCCUGUCCUACCACCCCCACGCCCACCCCCUCCCUUCGGCGUCGUCCACGCCCACGGGGGCCCCGAGGAUCUACGGCAGCUCCCUCACGCCCGAAGCGCCCAGGAGGAGGUACUCCCACACCGCGGGCUCGUCCCCCCACUCGCCCUCGUCCUCGUCCUCCUACAGCUCCUCCUUCUACGCGAGAAGGUCGGCGCCCGCGGAGAGGAAGACACAUUCGUUUGCGGGCGUGGGGUCGUCGGCGUGGUACCCCAGCCUCGGAUACCACCACCACAACCACCACUUGGCUAACCACCACAACCACCACACUAACAACACCCACCGCAGGCCGAACUUCCUCCCCGUCUCGGCCGCCGCGGGCCCGCUCAGCCUGCGCGCCACGGCCUCGCAGCCCGACACGCCCUCGCGGUCGCCCGACCUGGAGGCGGACGACGUGGACUCCGUCAAGAGCUUCGGGUCGGUGUCCUCGGCCCUCAGCUGCGACGCCGCCUUCGCCUUCGGCCGCGGGUCCUCGUCGGCGUCGUCCCAGUCCCACUUCGGACACUACCAGAGCCCCUAUGCCUUCCGCCACACCGCCCCCCACGCCCACCACAGCGCCUCCUCCGGGUCGUCCACCUCUACGUGUGGCGGAGGCGGCGGGAAGGGCGGCGGGGGAGGGAGGAGCGUCAAGUACGCCCUCCACUGCCCUCACAACCACGACAACGACCCCGAGAACUACCUGACGCCCACGCAGCGCGCCGCCAGGAGGAUCCGGGAACUUAAGAGCCAGCUGGCGGAGGCGCGGCGGGAGGUGCACGUGCGCGACGCCGAGAUCUCCCGGCUGACGCGCGAGCUGGUCGAGCUGCGGCUGGUGAAGGCCAGGGCGCCGCAGCGGGAGGAGGACGAGCCGCAGGCCAGCGUAUCCGCCGCCGGCCAGAAUGCCCUCGUCUCGGAGGCGACCCCCGCCCGAAACAGUAACGCCCACAAGCGCCUGACGGUCGAGGGCGACGCUGCGUCAUCGUCAUCGUCAGCACACACGCCCAAGACCUCCGCCACGCCCUCGGAGGGAAGCGAGCCCGAACUGAGUCGCCUCAUGGACAACUUGACCAUUGAACCAUGCCUGUCAGUAUUCAUUCAUUCACCUACCCAUUUAUUCAUCUAUUCAUCUACCAUUUAUCCACCACUCAAACUAUCUUUUACAGAAAAGCAUAAGCUUUGUAUUUGUGUGACUAAGACGGAACUUGGACUGAUCCACUCCCCACCCCCUAGGUACUUCGAACUCCGGCCCAUGUAUGAUAGAAGCCAAGAGAAGAUCCGGGAGCUGGAGCGUGAGGCGGCCAAGCUGAAGGAAGAGCUGACUGAGGCCGAGCUGCGCCACCAGAAGAUGUACCUCCAGAUGUUCCUCAAGGGGCAGCAGGCGGCCAAGCUACAAGCAGAUGAUGACCAGGAUGGAGAGGAUGAAAGUCAGUCGUCGUUAUCGUCUGGGGGCCCCAUGGUCGACCUGAUGAAGCAGUUGGCACGUACGGAGGAAGAGCUCGAGAAGAUUAAGGGUGUUUCCUUCUUGCCUCCCUCACUGUCCUCCCCUGGGUUGCGAGGCCUUCCAUUGGCUUCUCUUGGUGCACCAAAGGCAGCUCUGUUGGAUGGUAAACAGGCGGUCAGUCUGUACUUCCAGGGACGGAGACAGGCCCUGUACCGACGUGAGCUCGCUUACCGUAACAACAACAACAACAACCACAAUAACCACCACAACAACAACAGUAGCUCAAGAAAUGGUGAGCUUGACCCCGAGGUCACCCUCCAGUUCCUCAAGUCAGCCAUCUACUACUUCCUAACCGACAAGGACAACUCGAGGGGACACCUGCGUGCCAUUGAGAGCAUUCUGGGCUAUUCUGACAGCGAGAGACACAACAUUGACAAAGUGGUCAAGUAGAGAGAAGGGGAGGGGAAGUAGG